CUCCAGCGGCCGGGCGUUGGGUGCUGCGGGCGGUCGGGGGCCCCCGGACAGCGGCUCCGGUGAGCCGGGGAGCGCGGAGCAGCAGCGGGGCCGGCGCCGAGUCAGGAGCCAACCGAAGUGGAACUGAAAACGAUCCCCUCUGUACCUAAGGUGAACGUAAUCGAACUCCGAGGGCACCCAGGGGUGGGGCGGGUCCAGUCCUGGAGAAUCCCAGGCAGAGCAGGGCGAGGAAAGGCAGACCGGGACCUCCAGCUCCCCAGGACAGCGCUCGCCUCCAGACUUUCUUCCACAAGCCCGUCGCUCGGCCUUUUCUGUUUUGCAGAAGAUGACUUUGAACACGCAGCAAGGGGGCAAGGGCCCUGUGUGCAGACGGGCCAGCACCCCGGUCCCCCUCUCCCACCAGGCCAGGCCAGGGAUGCGUGAGCUGAGGCCUAACCCCAGUGAGUCCCAUCACCCUCCGCUUGGCUACUCCUCAUCCUUCGAGCCUGGAGACAAAGCUCCCGUCAUGCCGCGCAGCAGCUGGUCAUCGGACUCAGCCGACUCCGACAGCUCCUGGGAAUCCUUGUAUCGGGUGUUGCUGCUGGGCGACCCUGGUGUGGGCAAGACCAGCUUGGUGAACCUCUUUGCCGGGAUCCAAGAGCGGGACCUGCCGGAACAGCCAGGAGAGGACGCCUACGAACGCACCCUGUCGGUGGAUGGGGAGGAGACCACGCUGCUGGUGAUGGACACCUGGGAAACAGAGAGGCGGCCCCAGGAGGAGGAGAACCGGUUCCGCAAUCACUGCAUGCAGGUGGGGAAUGCCUAUGUCAUUGUCUACUCCGUCACCGACAGGGUGAGUUUCGAGAGCGCCUCUGAGCUGAGAAUCCAGCUGCGCCGGACCCGGCAAGCAGAGAACAUCCCCAUCAUCCUCGUGGGGAACAAGACGGACCUGGUGCGGUGCCGAGAGGUCUCGGUGGAAGAGGGCCGGGCCUGCGCCGUGGUCUUCGAUUGCAAGUUCAUCGAGACGUCUGCCACCCUCCAGCACAACGUGACGGAGCUCUUUGAGGGGGUGGUGCGCCAGAUCCGCCUGCGCCGGGACAGCAAGGAGGCCAACGAGAGGCGCAAGUCCAUCUACAAGCGCAAAGAGAGCCUCACCAAGAAGGCCCGGCGCUUCCUGGACAGACUGGUCGCCAGGAACAACAAGAAGGUGGCUCUGAAAGUUCGCUCCAAGUCUUGCCAUGACCUGUCCGUGCUCUGAGACCUGUCACAAACCAGGACACUUCCUUCUCAUGCGUAAAGGGAUGGCCUAUUGUACCUCCCAAGUGGCUUUCUGCCAUGUACAUAGGGGUUUGUAAACUUUCUUCUCGGUUGGUGGCAUGUGGACAGGACCUUUCAGGGGAGAGACGAGACCCAUCUGGAGCAAUAACCUGGGAGACGGCGCCAACUUCCUAACCAGAGCCUCAGAACCAAAGUGACACCAGCAACCCGUGGGGAAGGACUCCUUGCAUGGACUGAAUGUCCUAAUCCCCGAUAGCGCCUCCUGGAG